GGGUCGCAGCUCUGUGUGAGAUAGAGCGUCUGCGUGCGUUGCUGAGUGUGGAGCGGAGCCGCAGUGAGCAGAUGGGAGAGACCAUCUCUGGUCUGAAACAGGACAAGGAGCUGCUGCAACAGGAACUCACUAAGAAGCUGAACUCAUCUGUGACUUCCUGGUGUUCCACGCCCUGCCGCCGUGGGACGAGAAAGAGGAGACGCUGGCUCACUACGCCCACCGCUGCCGGCAGGCCAUGGACGACACCAUCAGAGCCAAGAUCAAAACCAUGAAAACCAAGGGAGACCUGCUGCCUAUAGUCAGCAAAUAACACCGGAGACGGAAGGUGUGACCUCUGAUGCCUGUAGGACAAACCAGACCAACACCAUCUGCGGUAGAUUACCUGCUCGGUGUUUUGACGAAACGGUGGCAGUUUUAACAUGUUAGAAUCGUCAGGAAAUGAACAGAAAAUGACGGCCGAUGUUCUGUGGUCAAAGGGGAUUGGACGGCUGUCUACGGCCUACGUUCUUCGUGUUGGUCUGUCUUGUCCUUAUGAUAAAAGCCUGGUCCACAGAUGUGUUUGUGCUGUCAUGCCAAGUUGGAAAGACGACACAAACAGGUCUGGGACCAGGCUUGCCCUCUGAUCCCCAGUGAGGCUCGACUGCCAUUUCAAAACAAGUGAAACGUUCUUAUUGCUCCAUUCCAAUUGUCUGUCCACCCCCACUAUGACCUUAACCCAUCCAUGACAACAGACACCAUGACAACAGACACCCGGACUAUCAUUAAAAAACUUUGUAGUGCACAACGGUUUGAUUUACUGUAAUGUGUAACAUUUAUUUAGUCUUUUGAAUGAUGUGCUAAUGCUUUGAAGUGUUUUUAGUAGUGGAGAACAACAUUGGAAAAUACUAUUCAAAUAAGAAUCUUAUUUUUGUUAAAAGAGAUUUUCCCGCACUUUUGGUGGUCUAUGUAAUUGUUUUUAAAGAGAUUCUCCGGUA